AUGGACGCCUCUACUGCUGCGGCCACGGGCGCAGAGCCCGAACCGCCCACAAACGGGGCCUCGGCAGCUGCAGCAGGUGCAGCAGCGGCGGCUGCUGAGGGUUUGCCAGCAGCAGCAGGCGCCGAGGCAGCUGACGCAGCAGCAACAGCAGCAGCAGCAGCAGCUAAUGGGGCGCCACCUUCCGGCCCAUGGAAGUGUAGCGUCUGCUUGGUCUCCAACGAGGCCACCUGUGAUGUGUGUCCCUGCUGCGAGACAGGAAGAGAUGGAAAGACACAGGCCCCCAGGACUGCGGCUUUUCCCAGAAGCAGCAACGGCUGCAGCUCGGUAUUCCUAGAAGCAGCAGGAAAUGGAACAUCUGCUGCUGCUUCGGGAGGGCCCAGAAAGAGUUCGGGAUUCAUGCCGGUGCUUGACGGUGCUGCUGCAGCCUCCCCGCUGGCAAGCCAGCAGCAGCAGCAGCUGCAGCAGCAGCAGCCCCACAAGCCGAAGGGCUUUGUUUUUGGAAGACCUGCUGGGGAGCAGGAGCAGCAGCAGCAGCAGCUGAAGGGGUUUGUGUUCAGCGCGCCAUCUGCUGCUGCUGCCGAGUCGGCGGAGCAGCAAGAGGAGCAGCAGCACCAGCAGCAGCGCGAGCUGGUACGCCAGCAGCAGCAGCAGGAAGCAGCAACUUGUUUGGCUUCUCCGGACUUCGCCAAAGGCCAGCCUACUGGCCUUGUCUACAUGUUUGGUUCUGGAGAACUUGAGCAAAUUCCUUUUUUCAAUCCCGAGGAAGAGGGCGGCGGCGAGGUCACGUUGCCGCGCCCCAUCCCGCUGCAGCAGCAGCAGCAGCAGCAGCAAAUGCAGGUCGUGAGGGCCUGCAGCGGGGCGCUGCACACUGUGCUGCUGC